CAUGCGUGAGAGACUCACCAAGUCACCAUACACCCUGGAAAUUUCCUAGAAAAAUUGUAUUUUCCUCUGCCGUUCCCGGCUCCGCGGUGAUAGUGCCUCCAUGGUCAGAUCGGCUAUGAGUAGUGUCCUGUUAUUUGUGCUGUGUUCAAAAUCCUUCAGCUGCUAUGGAAGCUCAUCGAUCUGUUGCUUCAUCGCUACCGCAGUUGAGUCGUCAGAACAGUCCUUCGACGUUGAAGCACCCCGCCGUCAAACAUCUUCGCGCGGACCGUUCUGUCUGUUCUUCGUCCAAGCUGCACUCGCCGAACAGCAUCCUCCUCGUCGCGCUCAGAAGCCGUCACCUGACUCAUUUUUCCAUGCUCUGGUGCGUCGUCGCGUGGAGCUGUUGAACGUCGACGUCUCCAGCUUCUGUAUCGCCGUGUCGACGCUCGUCUCCCCCAACACCGCUGUUGCCUACUGCGCCUACUACUCGCUCUACAGCAGCUCGCCGUCUCCCUGGAAAUUCCCCAGUCAUCGCCCGGCUUCCUUGCUUCGCCGUUCGUCGCGUCGUCAUCCCUACUGUCUCACGGCGUUGCGCUCCUCACACUCCGUUUUCUCCUGGUCAACGACGCUUGUGGAAAUCCCAAACUACGUUAUUCGUGGAUCAAUCGCUUGGUGAAACAAUUUUCUGGAGACCGGUCGUCACCCUGAAGACUUGUGAAAUUUUAUUUCCUUAGUCUUCGGCUCUUCUCUGCAGCAAAGGCAAGCCCCGGUGCAUCCACCACUUUCAUUGUUGUUUACAAAACUUUGAUCACUUGAUAUGAUGCAUUAGGUGAUAGGAGUUGCGUUAUCAAACAAUUGAUGCAUUACCAUCCUUGAGAAUUUGAAUAAUCAUUCCUUGAUACCUAUUUUAUGAAAAACUAGUGUUGCUUAGUCCUGCUUAAAGUGAUAAGAUUUUUGAAAUUUAUUUUGAUUACUGGUUA